AUGCAACAACGUGGUGAGGUCGGAAGGGGCAAGAUGGGAGCUGAUGAUGGUGAGGAGUGUCCAGACAAGUGUGGAGAGGGUGCAGCAUCGGAUGGCCCGGUGAUUGGAUGCCCUUACCGCCAGAGAGCUAUUCACAGAGUCUGGCACAGUCGCCCUCAAUUCUCUCACACAAUAGAAGCUCAUGCUCGUGCUCGUGCUCAUGCUCAUGCUCAUGCUCAUGCUCAAGCUCAAGCUCAAGCUCCAAGGGCAAAGGCAAGGGCAAGGGCAGUAGUCGCAUUCAAAAAAUCACAGAAUUGUUUGAUGAUCAAGAUCGAUGUGCCUGCCCUCAUUUGCACAGAGGCAAAUACUGUAUCUUCACCGUCUCGCUGCGUUGCUCUUUCUGUCCUUCUCUUCAACCAGAUCCUUCGAGAUAAAUCAGCAACCGACCACACUUUGGCAUACAGGCAGACUUGGAUCGACGCCAGCUUUAGCGUCUUCUCCAGCUGCUGCCAUGAGACCUCAGAGCCUCAUGCUCAGGUUAACCAGGCGGCCUUGACACUAUCUCUGAGAACGUUGGACUGA